CCUCAUACAGCGACAGUCAGCCCUGCAUAGUAGUCCGUUGAGAGUGCGAGUCAGUGUUGUGAGUCUUCUGUGAUAGCUAGACCCAGUGCCCACAGCUCAGGAAGGAUGUUGUUCCUGGCGCCGCGCAAACACCUGUUUGCCACCAACCUGGUCAUCCUGCUGAUGAUCUAUGUGAUGCGCAAGUGCCUGCAGCUCUUCUGCAUUAUCGAGAACGGAACCACCGAUUCCAAGGACAAGGACAAGGCCACCCCAGUGAUGGAGGACUCUCCACUGAUGGUGCGCCGCGGUGGGUUCAAGAUCAUCCCUGAUGCCAUGCACCAGAGCAUGCACGGAUUUGGCUAUGGCGAGGGACACUAUCAGAUCUUCGUGGAGAAAAAGGAGCGAAACUUACCCACCAAAUCGCGUCUCAACGCGGCCACCGCUGAAGUCAAGCUGAAUCCCAAUUAGACGCCGCAGAUUCUGGGACUGAAAACCAUGACAUCCCCGCAUGUCACCGACAAUGAGCCAAUCGAGCCAGCCAUAUCUCCUCCAAUCCCCCAAAGCCCCUCCACAUCCAAGUCUUCUUGAUUAGAAUUUAAUCGAAUUUUUGCAUGCCAUAAUAUUAUAAUUGUAAAACCGACAAGAGUGCUUUUUU